CACGCGAUGAUUGCCAGUUUUAUGCGGUUACGAUCUUCUGUUCCUUGCUCCACCCCCUGCAUAUAAUCUCGCCGGCGAGAGAGCAGUCGUCGAGUUGAGUCAAGGCUAUCUCUGUUUAGCGAUUGCCGUUGCCGGGAGAGGAGAUAGGAGAGGAAAAGAAUCGAUGGCUUCCGUUCGCCUCUUUCGCAUGCUCUUCUGCUUCCUUCUCUCCGCUUCAGCAGCGGCAAGAUUGGCGCCUUUGAUAGAGGAGUUUCUCGGGCCGAGCGGGGUUGUUGACAUCUUCGACACCUCCAACUAUGGCAAGUUGCAGCUCAACAAUGGAUUGGCUCGCACCCCUCAAAUGGGAUGGAAUAGUUGGAACUUCUUUGCUUGCAAUAUCGACGAGACAGUGAUUAAGGAAACAGCUGAUGCUCUUGUUUCUUCUGGACUGGCUGCAUUAGGAUACAACUAUGUAAAUAUAGAUGAUUGCUGGUCCUCUUCAUCACGAAAUCAACAGGGAAACCUUGUUCCUGAUCCGAAGACAUUUUCUUCUGGAAUAAAAGCAUUAGCAGAUUAUGUACAUCUAAAAGACCUCAAGCUUGGUAUUUACUCUGAUGCUGGGGCGUUCACAUGUCAAGUUCGACCUGGAUCAUUAUACCAUGAAAGCGAUGAUGCGAAAACUUUUGCCUCAUGGGGAGUUGAUUAUUUGAAGUAUGACAAUUGUUACAAUUUGGGAAUAAAACCUGAGAAACGUUACCCCCAAAUGCAAGAUGCACUGAAUUCCACUGGGCAUGCAAUUUUCUAUUCUCUGUGUGAAUGGGGUGUUGAUGAUCCAGCCUUAUGGGCUGGGAAAGUUGGUAACAGUUGGCGAACAACAGAUGACAUCUCUGAUUCAUGGGAAAGCAUGAUCACCAUUGCUGAUAUAAAUGACAAGUGGGCAUCUUAUGCGGGCCCUGGUGGAUGGAAUGAUCCCGAUAUGUUGGAGGUUGGUAAUGGUGGCAUGACCUAUGCAGAGUAUCGAUCUCACUUUAGCAUCUGGGCUCUGAUGAAGGCUCCUCUUCUGGUAGGUUGUGACGUGAGAAACAUGACUGCUGAAACAUUUGAAAUUUUAAGCAACAAAGAAGUCAUUGCUGUCAACCAAGAUCCUCUUGGUAUUCAAGGCAGGAAAAUUUAUUCUCAAGGAAAUGAUGGUUGUAGUCAGGUGUGGGCUGGUCCACUUUCUGAAAGUCGCGUAGUUGUGGCUUUAUGGAAUCGUUGUUCUGAAGUUGUCACAAUCACUGUCAGCUGGGAAAUACUUGGACUCGACAUUGCAGCCAGCUUUUCACUAAGAGAUAUUUGGAAGCAUGACACCCUGCAAGCCGAAGUUACUGGAAAUUUCUCUGCAGAGGUGGACACUCAUGACUGCAAAUUAUACAUACUCUCGCCAAUACCCACCCGUUUUGUCGAUCGAUCAAAUUCGGUUAUUUCUGUUCUCUAGUUUCCACGCAUUAACGACUCCUUGUACAAAUUGAACGCACCGAACUUGAGGUGUUGGAUUCUUGAAUAAAAUCUCAGUGAGAAAAAAAUGCAGUAUACUCUCUUUGGUCGCCCAACUAACUACAUUUCCGGAGUUAA